AUGGCGGCGGCGGCGACCGGGGCUCCGGGGUCGGCGGUCCCCGCGGCGGCGGCCGGCGCCUCGGGCUCCGGGGUCGCCGCGCCCGGCUCGCAGGGAGUGCUGAUCGGGGACAAGCUGUACUCCGGGGUGCUCAUCACCUUGGAGAACUGUCUGCUGCCCGACGACAAGCUCCGCUUCACGCCGUCCAUGUCGAGCGGCCUCGACACCGACACGGAGACCGGCCUGCGUGUGGUGGGCUGCGAGCUCAUCCAGGCGGCCGGCAUCCUGAAACCUGUGCCUCUACUGCUGGAUCAAGAGUAUGUUAACUUAAAGAACCAGAUCAUAAAAGCAGAGAGACGAGUCCUCAAGGAGCUCGGCUUCUGUGUCCAUGUGAAGCACCCUCACAAGGUGGGUUAUAUCCUAGUCUGCAUCUAUCCAAGCCACACUCCAGUUGUGGCUUUCUCUCCUUGCUGUGUGUGCGAGUCAUAG